AUGAAGGCACUCUUCUCCAAGGGCUCAAAGAAUGGGGCUUCCAACCCCCCGGCUACGGCACCACCCGUGAAAAAAGACCUCCAGGUACCGCAGAUUUCACCGCUAGAAAAGAGGUUACAGGACAUGGGAUCUAUCCGUGGCGAUGGGAGUGACAAGUUCUACGGAAUGGAAAAUUAUGGCAACACUUGUUACUGCAACUCAAUCCUACAAUGUCUCUACUAUUCGGUGCCUUUCCGUGAAGCCGUCAUCAACUACCCACAACGCACACCCAUGGACAGCCUCGAGGCUGCACUCGCCAAGAACUUACGUUACCAGAACCCAAACGCACACCUUGAAGCCGAGGCACUGGCUGCCAAACAAAAGGCUUCCUCCCCACCAUCCGCGCGCCAGGCCGGUGUGCCCCCAAAUCCAAACCAGAAGCCGGAAGACAAGGACUCACCCGAAUACAAGAAGAAGGUAGCCCUGCAGACCCUUCCGAUUCUGGAAACCAAGAACAAUGCGACCAGUUAUGGGAUGUCGGAGUCCCUCUUCACUUCGCUCAAGGACAUCUUCGAAUCGGUGGUAGCUAGCCAAGCGCGCAUUGGUAUCGUUCGCCCGCAACAGUUUCUAGACGUUCUACGACGAGAACACGAAAUGUUUCGGACCGCCAUGCACCAGGAUGCGCAUGAGUUUUUGAAUUUGCUUCUCAACGAAGUGGUAGCCAAUGUCGAAACGGAGGCCACGAAGCAAUCAUUCAUCGAAAAGGCUUUGCCACCAACGGAGAGCGCAGAUUCGUUGGGAAUGAUGCCAUCUAGCACGGGUUCGAAGUCACCGAAUACUACGAGAUGGGUUCACGAGCUGUUCGAGGGAACUUUGACCUCCGAGACCAAGUGUCUCACCUGUGAAAAGGUCUCGCAGCGAGAUGAGGUUUUCUUGGAUUUAUCGGUGGAUCUUGAGCAGCAUUCGUCCGUGACCUCUUGCCUCCGAAAGUUUUCGGCCGAGGAGAUGCUUUGUGAGCGCAAUAAGUUCCACUGCGACAACUGUGGUGGACUACAAGAAGCGGAGAAGCGGAUGAAAAUCAAACGUUUACCCCGUGUCCUGGCUUUGCAUUUGAAGCGUUUCAAAUAUACCGAGGACUUGCAGCGACUCCAGAAGCUGUUCCACCGCGUCGUCUAUCCCUACCAUCUUCGUCUGUUCAACACCACAGACGAUGCCGAGGAUCCAGACCGGCUCUAUGAAUUGUAUGCGGUGGUUGUUCACAUUGGUGGAGGACCGUAUCACGGCCACUAUGUUGCUAUCAUCAAGACCGAAGACCGUGGUUGGCUGCUGUUCGACGACGAGCUCGUGGAACCGGUUGACAAAAGUUACGUGCGUAACUUCUUUGGAGAUCGACCCGGGUUGGCGUGUGCCUACGUUCUAUUCUAUCAAGAGACAACUAUCGAGGCUGUCAUGCGCGAGCAGGCGCAAGAGAACCAGGCCUCUGCCACCGCAGCAGCCGAAACAGGGGAGGCCGGAAAGUCUAAUGGAUCUCCCUUCUCACCACCGCUAGCUCAUGCCCAAAGUGCAUCACAGGUGCCCCCAGAGCACGCAAUCCCAUUCACUCCUCUCAGUCGAGCCCCAACGGCACCUCCACUGUCUACAUACCCAGAAGAACCCCAGGAGUCCCAUCCAACUUCACCGCAGCCCGUCCAGCCGCCUCUCCCUUCGAUUCCCGACGAAACACCUCCCCCAUUGAGCCCAAAGAAGAGUGAUCACCAACUACGGAAGGAACGUAAGGCCAUGGAGAAAGAGAAGGAUAAGAACGAAAGGAAUCGUCUGAAAGAGCAGGACUUACACAACCGCGAAAUGCAACGACGAGAGGCAGAGGAGUUGAAAAGAGCUAUUGAGGCCAGCAGGGCUGACACGGUCGAUUUUGCUGAGAAUGGAUCGCCAAGGAAGUCGAGCAGUUUCGGCUUUUUGAAACGAGGCAGCCGCAGUCUCAGUCACCGACUCAGCAAAGACAAAGAGCACCGAAUCUCAACAUCUGAUCUCUCAACGGCACCGCUUCUUCCAGAAGUUUUGCGAGAAGCACCCAAGGAAGCAGAACCGGCCCGGCAAGUCCAUAAACCAGUUCAGCCGAUCAAGCCAGUACACCCGGCCCAGCCAGUUCAGUCACCAGUUUCUUCUCCGAGAGAUUUCCCACCCAUAUCCAACCCUAAGCAACCCAAGCAACCCAUCCGAGCUCGAACUCCCGAGCCUUUGGCCAAAGAGUUGGCCAAAGACCAGCACAACAACCAUACGAAGCCUGGCCAUACCCAUACCCCUCGGUGGAGAACUUUCAGUUUCAAGAAAGUGGCAUGA